UUUAAAAACAAUCUGUUUUCAGUGGCAGCUUUCGACCGGUGGCCACGUACGGCAGCGCGCUCCGGUUACCCCGCGCUCUUCUGUCAAGGCUGCAUUGAUUUACCUUGUUCUUUACCUGCGUUAAUCGACGGAGCUGGUGUAUUAUCGACUUUCAUCAACUUUGUGAGUGUUUUUUCUGCAGGAUAAAGUUUUGAAUGACUCUUUCCCGGUGGGACUGUAAAGCGGGAGGAGGGAGGGGGCACUUAUAGCGGGUCCAGGAUCAGGUCUGAUUUCACACACAAGCGGUUUGUUCGAGCAGAGCUGAGCAGGACACCAGAGGUCUUGUGAACUUUUCUACGUUGCGCCUCGGAUAAUAGCGACUGGAAGGGCAAAGUUGCGUUGGGACAUUGGACUUCUGCCCUCUAUGGGGACUAACUGUAACUGGUAAGCAGACUUUUCGACUGGAAUAAACACAGACUUCUUUUGGUUGUACUUUUCACUACUAAAAAUGGAUAAAUACGAGGAUUUGGGACUCGAGGCAAGCAAGUUCAUUGAGGACUUGAACAUGUACGAGGCGUCCAGGGAUGGUUUAUUCCGCACGAGAAGGGACGCAGGAAAUAACCCUGACUUUGAAGAAACAAGGAGAGUGUUCGCCUCCAAAAUGACUAAAAUACAUAUGCAAAAGCAGCAAGAGGAGAUGGCAAAGAACAACCAAGUUUUAAGGAUGAACGGGGGACACAACAAUACGUAUUAUACCAAAGACAGACCACCAAUAAACAGUUUUAGACAGUCUGGAGAGGCAGCUGCCAAGCCCCCUAUGCUCUCUGCCCCAGCCGCGGGUCAGUACGCGCACUCUCUCCAGCCUGAUUCUCCAACUGCCAGAGCGCAUGGCUACGGAAACAAUUACGAUAAUAGGGAGAGUCUAGACCCACAUUCAUACCAACACAACACCUCUACGCCCCCCAGCCCAGGAAAUGUGUCUCAGUGCGCGCUUCCACAUCGUCAGCCGGCCGGUCAUUCUACUUCCUGGGCCCCAUCUAUAGAGGCACAACUUUCCCAAACUUUGUCUGCAGGCAGCAGCGCACCGCACUCUCCACAGCACAGGCCCGCUCUUCCCAUCACCAACACUAGUCUUUCAUCCCAGCACAAUCAGCCCGGUGUUUCACCAGUUAACCGCAGUAAAGGAUGGGCCGGUGACCACCAGAUUUCAGCCAAACCAGAGCCCAUCCCCUCGCUGCCUCUCAGUGCCUUUACGGGAGGAGCAGCAGACAUCAAUGUGCGCCAGUCCUCCCCACAGCAACCAACAACCCAAUACACUUCAGUUCCAUCUUCCAAACCUUUAACCAACCACAGUGGCCCCUCUCUGGUGCCAGCGGAUACACUUAAAACUAAGGAUGUGCCAGCUUCUGUUGUACCUGUCAGUAAAAGUCCCAGCCAAGGUCAAAGUGUGAAUCAAAUGCCAAACAGUGGGGAGGCAGUCAUCCCUGAAUCCCCAAAGUCUGCACAAAUGCCCUGCCAGUCUCCUGUCCCAGCAGCCCUCGACCAGGGCCCCACAGCAGCCGAAAUAAAAUUAGAAGCCAUCACUAAGCGCCUGGAAAACGAGAUGGAUUCACAACCAAAGCAGGAUUACUUUGGGCUCUGUGUGAAGUGUAACAAAGGUGUGUAUGGAGCGGGCCAGGCCUGUCAGGCCAUGGGCAGCCUGUACCAUGACAGCUGCUUCACCUGCAGCGCCUGCAGUCGAAGGCUGCGAGGUAAAGCGUUCUACUAUGUUGGAGGAAAGGUAUUCUGUGAAGAGGACUUUUUGUACUCAGGCUUCCAACAGUCUGCAGACAAGUGCAACGCAUGUGGACAUCUGAUCAUGGACAUGAUCCUGCAGGCUCUGGGGAAGUCCUACCACCCUGGUUGUUUUCGCUGUAUUAUCUGUAAUGAGAGUCUGGAUGGAGUGCCUUUCACUGUCGACACUGAAAACAAGAUAUACUGUGUCAAAGACUAUCACAGGGUCCUUGCUCCGAAGUGUGCAGCCUGUAACCAACCCAUCCUGCCCUCAGAGGGCUCAGAUGAAACUAUUCGAGUGGUAUCUAUGGACAAUGAUUAUCAUGUGGAGUGCUAUCACUGUGAGGACUGCAAAAUGGAGCUGAAUGAUGAGGAGGGGCAUCGUUGUUACCCUCUGAAUGGCCACCUCCUGUGCCACUCGUGCCAUUUGAAGCAUUUAGAGCGCAAUGGCCCUUCUACUGUCUCCCCUGUCGCUUACUGAUAUUAUUAUGGAUGAAGAGCGUCAUCUGGUGGAUUGUAGGUGCUACUGAACAGCACACAUGGACUAUGAUGAUGCCUAUAUUUUAUUUGUGGAUUUCAAAGCAAAAAGCACUGUGUUUUAAUACAUGUUAUUGAAGUAGUAGAUUUGCCCUGGAAGGUUUUUAUUAGCUAUUAAAAUGUUAUACACUAUAAUGAAGUUUUCACAUAGACACCAAAGCUGCCUUGACAAUAGUGAUAAUUUCGCGGUGGUUUUACAAUCAUUCAAAUGUGCCUUAUGUUUGUGACUCAGGCUUUGUUUUUUUCCAGCACACUCAGAGUAGAGCACAUCAAAUAAAAUGCUAAAUGCCUGGAAGGGUGACAAAUAGUGUUCGAUUUCUAAAGCUGCAGUAGUUUCCUCCCGUGCAAAAAACUAAAAGCACCAGUUCAUUUCACUUUGACUGUUAUUGACAGUAACCAUAAUGUUUAAGCAGAUAUUUUUCUGUAUAGGCCUAUGGUGUGAUUAGCACUUACAAUGUUUUUUCUUCCUGCUUUUAUGUGUGCAGGACAAUUAACAUCUUGUUUUAUUUAAGCAUUCUUGUUGUCCCUUGUUUUUGUUUUUUGAUAAACUUUUAACAGUUGCAGUUUGCCUAAUCAUUGGUUAUGCAAUUGGCAUUGCCAAUUUACACUUCUUCUGUCUUCUGUCCUUACAAAUCAGAACUCUGUAUAUGGUGACUGUAGAGAAAAUAUUUAAUAAAUGUAUUGCAUUAUAC